CAAGCCCCUCCCCAUGUAAAGAGCCCCGGCUGUGUCUGGAGAAGACCAAAGACAAAUCCCAGGUCGGUUCCGCCGUCGAUCAAUCAUCCUAUACCGAGGAGAUCCACGCGCAGAGCCCGCUGUCGUCUCUGGAUCCUCGGUGACUUGGUGAAUUGAGACCCUGAGGGCAAUAGCUGCCUCUCUCUUGCACUUCAUCCUGUCUGUUGACAGCUUUGUCAUGGCAUCCGCCUUUAUUGGUCGUCAGUUUGCUCUCUCCCUGCAGAAAAACUUGUGGCUCAGCACUCCAGGGUGUCGAUAUGUUAGUAAGGCAGCACCAAAAACUCAGCUGGAGUUUGACUACGAUGGACCGUCCAUGAAAACUUCAGUUCCUGGACCAAGAUCACAAGAACUGACCAAACAACUGGGCGACAUCCAGAAUGUCGGUGCAAUCAAUUUCUUCUGUAACUACGAGGAGAGCAGGGGGAACUACCUGGUGGAUGUAGACGGCAACCGCAUGCUGGAUAUCUACACUCAGAUCUCCUCCAUCCCAAUCGGCUACAACCACCCUGCUCUCCUCAAACUGAUGUCCAAUCCCAAUAAUCUGAGUACGCUUGUGAACCGACCCGCCCUGGGAAUCCUGCCACCUGAGAACUUCCCAGACAAACUCACUGAAAGUCUUCUCUCAGUGGCUCCCAGUGGAAUGACUCGCGUUCAGACGAUGGCCUGCGGCUCCUGCUCCAAUGAGAAUGCUUACAAAUCAAUUUUUAUCUGGUACAGGAACAAGGAACGAGGCCACAACACACCAUCUGAUGAUGACCUCAGCACGUGCAUGAUAAACCAGACCCCAGGUUGUCCAGACCUCAGCAUUUUAUCUUUUAUGGGAGCUUUCCAUGGCAGAACCAUGGGUUGCUUGGCGACAACUCACUCCAAAGCAAUCCACAAGCUGGAUGUACCAUCAUUUGAUUGGCCGAUCGCUCCAUUUCCGAGACUGCGGUAUCCUCUGGAAGAAUUUACCAGAGAGAAUGCACAGGAAGAGGCUCGCUGUCUGGAGGAGGUGGAGGAUCUGAUCGUGAAAUGGAGGCAGAAGGGAAAGCCUGUGGCUGGGAUUGUAGUUGAACCAAUCCAGGCUGAAGGCGGAGACAACCACGCCUCCCCAGACUUCUUCAGAAGCCUCAGAAACAUUGCACGCAAGCAUGGCUGUGCUUUCCAUGUGGAUGAAGUCCAGACUGGUGGAGGGAGCACGGGAAAGAUGUGGGCCCAUGAGCACUGGGGUAUGGAUAACCCUGCUGACAUCGUCUCCUUCAGCAAGAAGCUUCUGACUGGUGGCUACUACCAAAGGGAUGAAUUACAGGCUGACAAGGCUUACCGUAUCUUUAACACAUGGAUGGGUGACCCAUCAAAGAACUUGCUCCUGUCUGAGGUUCUCAAUGUGAUUCGCAGAGAAAACCUCCUGGAGGAGGUGACCCGUUCUGGGAAAGCCUUGCUAAACGGCCUUUAUGAGCUGCAGGCUCAGUACCCCAGCAUAUUGAGCCGAGCUCGAGGACAGGGGACCUUCUGUGCCAUUGAUAUCUGUGAUGAUGAAACACGCAACCGCAUCCUGCUCAAGGCUAGAGACAAAGGUGUCCUCCUGGGAGGGUGUGGCGAUCGAUCGAUCCGUUUCCGUCCAGCACUGGUUUUCAAGGAGUACCACGUUCACAUCUUCCUCAACAUCUUCAGUGACGUGUUGGCCCAGAUUAAAUAAACCUGACCCUGAAGGAACCUGACUGAUGCUGCAUGAGCUUGAGUAAAUCCAGAAUGGAGAGAGGGAAACUCCAGAGAGUCCAUGUCAUGAUAAGCACAAUGCACACAAUAACUCACACAGAUAUCCCAUAUAACCUCUGUUUCAAGAUCCAAUUGGCCAAUCUUAAUCUCCCUAACCAGAAAAGAUAAUGAUGAUACCCUCUUACUUGUGCUACCAUACCACAGAAAACCAUUCAGAACAGGUGACAGUGGUUACUGUUGCAGUAACGGAGAAUUUUACAGAAUGUUUAUGCUUAUGUAAAAUAAAUCUAUGGAAAUGACUCCAAACAGCAGGUUUUCCCAUCUGGAUUCAUGUUUUAAUAUGUAGUCUGACUUGACUCUGGAAGAAGUCAUGCCAGACUGUCUAUCAUGUCAGUGAAUCUAGCUCCUUCACACCCUUUUACUGUCUGAGAUUGAGAGGUCAGUAGCCAGGAUAAACAGGUAGCAUUAGAUCAAUGUAAAUAAUUAUCGAAGAUCCCAACUACUAAUUAACCUCACUUAAUGACUCAGAACAAAGUCUUGCGUACAGCUUCUUUUAGUGCUCAUAUGCCGGCAUCAUUCCACUGCCUGACUUUCAGUCAAUGAAGUGUUUAUAUUUAGUGUGUAUGUGCAUUUGAGGGAGAAGAGCAGUCAAUCUAGAUACAGAACUAUGUGUCAGUGAUGACUUUAUGUAGGAACACAAUAAAGCUGAGAUGCCAGCCUGCAUGUCAUUUAAUGCUGUCCAUUAGACUUGCCCUUGUAAUGAUUUUGUGUACUCUUAAUAGGAAUGACUUUUCAGCUUGAAAUGUUGUAGCCCAGAAAAAUGUGAAUCUUAAAUGGACCAUGAAAAUGUCAUUGAUUGUUUAGUGCCUGCAUGUCAGUUAAAUGUGCUAUUUUUUUUCUUUUCUUUCUUUUCCUUGUGGCUCAAAUAAGAGCAGCCAAAAUACUGAACACAUUCACUUUACUCUUGAACAGAAGUUUCAUAUUGUCUGGUUUAAUUCUGAAAGUGCAUUUACUGUUUUAUUUUCACAUCACAGUUGAUGAUAGUUAUAUAUUUAACACUUCUGACUGACAAAACAUACAGAUGGUGACACUAAGGAUGAAACGCAUACACAGACAAAUGCACAAAUAACCAGGUUGUGCUCUCCAAACCCAAAAUCACAAGAAACACUAAAACACAACAAAAAAUACAAACAUUAUGGACUUGUGUUUAAACUUCAAGCAGCUAACUGCUACAAUCGUCUGUGUUUAGUUAUUUCAGUAGUAAUCUUACAAGCAGUCCAUCCAAAUAAAGCUUACUUGCUAAAGCUUCUGAAUUACGUCAGCUACAGUAAUGUAUUGCUUUUUUGCAUGAGUUUUUAAGACUGUGAUACUCUAAUUUGUAUUCAGGCUAUUGACUAUUAUUACAAGCUUUGUUCAGAGACAAUAGAAGUGCUAAGUCAGAGGCCCUGUUUACACUUAGUAUUAACAUGCGUCCUGGGUGAUCAGAUCAUAUGUGGACAGCUGUUGUUCAGCAGGUAGAGCGGGUGGUCCACCAAUCGGAAGAUUGAUGGUGCGAUACCUGGCUUCUCCAGAUACAGAAAAAAAUUGCAUCUGAUGGUUGUUCCAUCGAUGUGUACAGGUACAUAUACCACGUGUGUGCAGGUCCAUUUACCACGUGUGUGCUGGUCCAUUUACCACGUGCAUCCCAUGUGUCCUCAAUGUAUCUUGGGAUCUGAUCACUCAGAGCACUCAGAGCAGUGGGUACACUACUGUGCUGUCCUUGCUUAUCUGAGUCUGUUGCUGCCUUUACACAGGUUAGAAGCAUCACUGAAGGGUUGUCUCUGGAUAUGCUUUAAAUGUCUGCAUGAUUAGCAUGAGCUUACUCAGCAGCAGCAGCAGCAGCAGCAGUUCUGAAACGGUCCCAGCCAACUCAAUCGAUACCGAAAUAGCUCGACUCUGUUAAAUCCAUUAAUAAUGGUUGGGUAAUGUUAGUCAUGUGAUGCUAGCAGUUAGCCCUGUCACUGUGUAUGUGCAUGCAGACUUUCACCAACUGUCCCCGCCUGGUGCAGAGCUCACACUCCAGCAGCAGUAGUCUCCUAGCGACAGGGCGUUGGGAGUACCAUGGUAUACAUUUGUCUCAUGAUUAACAGAGAGAGAGCGUGCAGGACAAGGAGAGGCUGAGCGAACCAGUGUGGUCUGUGUAUAUGUGUGUGUGUAUAGCACCACUCACCUCCUGCUGAUUUAAGAUGACAAUGCAUUUGUUUUUUUGCAAACAGAAAUGAUUCUCUUUUUUUUGCAUAUAGAGGGGGGAAGUGAUAUCCCAUUCCAAGUGGUCACUCAUGCAUGUGGAGAUGCAUUCUAAUGCCAGGUGUUAACACAAACACAUAGAGCUGUCUGCCUCUGAUCAAAUCAUCAAAGAUGCUUGUUAAUACCAGGCAUGAAUAAGCUCAAAGGCAACUGGACUUCAGACUGAUUGGGGGCAGGGUCACAGGAAUUCAACCUGUUUAGAGUGGUUCACACAGAGGUGGUAUACCAUGACCUGAAUGACUAAGAAUCUUCACCGACAUUGUCAGUAGUUGUUAAUAACAGGUAACCAAUCAGGCUUGUUAGUAGCCCUGUUUGGAACGGUCUCAUCCACUGAAAACGCAUCACUUCAGACUACACUUUGAAAACACUUCCAUUAAGUAUAAAUCUCACCUUUGUGUCCAAGUAGGUUUUCCACUCUAUGUCUUCUUUAUCUCCUUGUGAUGAGCCAAGCUGUAAUAGGCUUAUUACUGCCCCCUGAGAUCAGAGGGCAAAAAACUAGAUAGCGUCUUGCAACUACAGUUGUAGUCUGUGUUUUAACCCCAAUAGCCACAAGAGGCCCAUUCCAAACUCAAAAACAAAUGUCACCAACCCUGCUGGCACCACAUGUCAAAAUGACGCCAGAAAGACUCUGGACUCUUAGGUCGGACAGGGUUUAAAUUUUGGUUAAAAGGGAAAUUGGAUUGACAAUAUUUUACAUGUCUAACGACAUUCGAAUUUCACGUUGUGUGGAUGUUAACUUUAAGAUAUUUUGUUUGGACAGUGGGUUGUUCUCCAUACCUUACAACUAAAGGUUGUUAUUGUAUGUCAAGAUGAUGCUGGCAUGAGCCAUUUGAAAGAGGUUGGUUUUUGAAGAUUUAGACGUCCUGACAUUGAAUGUCACAACCUAAAUUCAACCAAAUAUCAAUGUCCAGAGACACUGGUGGCCAGCUGGGAAUUUAGGCCAUAUUGGAAGUGUUUUCAAACGAUAUUUAUCAGUUUUACAAACUUCAAGGAUAAAGAUUAACUGGUUAGUUUGGCAAAUGCACGUCUGCUUCUCCAUGGGAAUUGUCCAAGACCGCCUCCACACAGUGGAUGAGCUUCUUACCAAAAUGAAGCUGAGUUGCUGAACUUGAACUUAAAGCACAAAUCCAUGGAACAGGGAGCUCUAUACACGUUAAAUCAUCAGGUAAUACAAAGAUGUAAAACACUGAGUCUUAAACAGCUUUACAGCACAUAUUUUAUAAAUACUGGUGAACUUGCCUUUUUUGUUCUGUAAAUCUGCUCAAACUGCCACUCUGCUGUUUCUGUAGAACACCUCAGACCUUCAUCGGUGUCACAAAUGUUACAAAUGUGUAGCAGCUCAGAAAAAGUGUGAAAGUGUUACCACAUUAAUUUCUUUAUGAUUCUUAACUAACACACAGUUAUGUUGCAGAAGUGAUGUCCAGUAAGCCUAAUGUAAGGUAUUUGUUACCUAUACUUCACAGGGUCAGUUUGUCCUGUAUGAAUUAGUCCUAAACAGUCAUUUUAAAGGAGAUGUAAGGUAAAGUAGGGUUUGGCUGUAGGGUGUUGAGGUUGGGCAAUACAGUGGUAACGAUGACAACAGUGCCUGUCUCCUAGUUGUCAGUCAGUAUUCCAUAUAGAGUAUCCACAAUGACCAUCUUUAAACAUUUUUGACAUAAACUACCUACACUUUGUGUUCCGAGAUAGAUGAUUAUUGAUGUAACUAUUUUAGAUGGCUCUAACCGUUGUUGUCUAUAAAACUUUCUGUCUAUUUACUGUGAUUAAUAAAUGAAGUUUUGAGUAA